AUGAACCAAUGCCGUGUCUUCGCAUUUAAACACAGCCAUGAAAAUGAAUACACCAGCACACAAACUGAUGACGUAUUUCACAACCACAUUGCCAAACCCGCCAUAUUGCGGCAAGAUAUCACAUUUUCCCGAUUUCUGCUAAUACGUAGGUUAAUCCAAAUUUACCAAAAUCAAGCCAGGAACUUCCAGUUCUCUGACGAUGAAGAGGAUGAAAAGCGUGUGGUUAAAAGCAGGAAGGAUAAGAGGUACGAUGAGUUGAGAGGACUGAUAAAAGACAUGAAGAAUCACAAAAAGAUUAAAGAUUGUGCAAAAGUUUGUUCAGAUUUUGAAGACCAACAGAAGGCUUAUGACAAAUGCAAGAAGAUCAUCCAAGAGGAGGGAAAGCCAAGAUUCUAUAUCCGCAAUCUCGUAGAACUGGAAGAGUUCAUUGGAGAGGUAUGGGAAGACCGGGAACAAAGGAAGAAAAUGAGCAAGCUGAAUGCCAAGGGAUUGACGACCCUCCGCCAAAAGUUCAGGAAGUACAUCCGAGACUUUGAGGAUGAUAUGAGUAAAUACAAAGAGGCCCCUGACAAAGAGAGUGAUGUUUCAGCGGAGGAGGUGGAAGAAUCGAGCGAUUCCGAAAGUGAGACUGAAGGAGAUGUCAUGAAGGCUGCCGACUUCAUAAAGAAAGCUGAAAAGAAGAAAAAGUCUGAACCCAAGCCCAAAAUGGACGAUGACUCAUCUGACGAUUCUAUGGACUGGGGAAGUGACUCAGAUGAGUCGAGCUCUAGCUCUGAUGAAGAGAAAGAUUACACCAACAUUCUACAGAAGUUCUUGAAAAAGACCCCAGCAGAGGCAGAGAAAAAGAAGGAAAAGAAAGACAAGAAGAAAGUUGAGAAGAAGAAGAAGGUUGAAGAAGAAGAUGAAGAUCAGGAAGAUGCUGGAGGAGACUGGGAAGUGGUUCCUGGAGGACAAUUUUUGGAGAAAAAGCGUCCCAAAAUGUUCGCUAAGAAUACAGAAAUUAACCACGAAGUUAUCCUCAAAAAGCUCAUGGAGCUUGUUUCUGCACGUGGUAAGAAGGGUACAGAUCGUCAGGAACAAAUCGAGUUGAUGGAAGAGUUACGUACUAUAGCUAACACAAAUAAUCUCGGAAUUGGGUUGGAUGUUAAGAUACUUUUGUGUCAUAUUUCCUCCGUGUUCGACUACAAUCCAAAUAUUGCGACGUGCAUGAAAUCUGAACUCUGGGAAAAGUUGAUCUCUCAUCUGAAUGAAUUGAUUGCAAUCCUUGUGAACAACCCUAACAUAACUGUGUGGGAGAAGAUUCCUGAAGAUAGUGAGCAAGUCACUGAAAGUCCAUUCAAAGUGAGGGGGUGUGUGCUCACUAUGGUUGAGAGAAUGGACGAAGAGUUCACUAAGAUGCUUCAAGCUUGUGAUGCCCAUAGCACCGAAUAUGUUGACAGGUUGAAGGAUGAGCCAGUUGUAUGCAGCAUUAUUGAAAAAUUACAAGUCUAUAUGGAAGAGAAAUCCACGUCUGAUGAGCUCUGUCGAAUCUAUCUUAGGAGAAUCAUGCAUACAUACUACAAGUUUGAGGAAGACUACAUGAUGGGUAGAGAUCUGAGUUCAGGGGCUCUAAUGAAACGUCUGUGUACGUACAUCUACUCCAAAGAUAACACAGACAGAUUGAGGACCCAAGCUAUGUUAUGCCAGAUCUACCAUUUGGCUAUACAUGACUGCUGGUAUGACGCAAGAGACCUAAUGCUGAUGUCUCAUUUGCAAGAUAUGAUUCAACAUUCUGAUGUACCAACACAGAUCUUGUACAACAGAACUAUGGUACAGCUAGGUCUGUGCGCGUUUAGACAGGGACACAUCAAGGAUUCCCAUAAUGCACUUGUGGACAUACAGAGUACUGGGAGAGCCAAGGAACUGCUAGCUCAGGGUUUACUGUUGCAACGUCAGCGUGAAAGAACAGCUGAAGAAGAGAAAAUUGAGAAACGUCGACAGAUGCCAUACCACAUGCAUAUAAACUUAGAACUUCUGGAAUGUGUUUAUCUGGUAUCCGCCAUGUUGCUGGAAAUUCCAUAUAUGGCAGCUCAUGAAUUUGAUGCACGUCGUCGUAUGAUCAGCAAGAACUUCCACCAUGUGAUGCGUGUGAGUGAUCGUCAGCCCCUAGUCGGCCCCCCUGAGAGUAUGAGAGAACACGUCGUAGCUGCCUCUAAAUCAAUGAAGACAGGAGACUGGAGAAGUUGCAAGAAUUAUGUAAUCAAUGAAAAGAUGAACACCAAGGUGUGGGAGUUGUUCUACCAACCAGAGAAGACCAGAGAUAUGAUAGUGACAAAGAUCCAGGAGGAAUCUCUUCGAACGUACCUCUUCACAUACAGCAGUGUCUAUGACUCUCUCAGCAUGGUCACUUUGGCAGAUAUGUUUGAGCUUGAGAAGGCUGUCGUUCACUCUAUUAUAAGCAAGAUGAUUAUCAAUGAAGAACUUAUGGCCUCUCUAGAUGAACCCACCCAGACUGUUGUCAUGCAUCGUACAGAACCUACUCGCUUCCAAUCUCUCGCGCUACAGCUCUCCGAGAAGGUAGCAUCACUGGUAGAAAAUAAUGAAAAUAUUAUGAAGUUCAAAAUGGGACAAUUUUACCAGUUUAAUAAAGGAGGCCAAAAUAAAGAUGGAACUUAUGUUCAAAGGCCAGGUCAGAAGCAAUGGGGACAAAAGAGGAACUACCAGGAAGGGGAGGGAUACGGUGGAAGGAAUCAACAAAAUGAAGGUGGUUAUCGGCAAAGAUACAACAAAGAUGGCGGUGAAGGAUAUAAUAACCGGCAAAGAUACAACAAAGAUGGCGGUGAAGGAUAUAAUAACCGUGGCAAGGGAAAAUACGAUAAUAGGGAGAAUAAAGGAGGUUACCAAGGAGGUGGCGGUUACCAAGGAGGCGGCGGUUACCAAGGUGGAGGUGGCAGAGCAUGGCAGCAACAGUACUGACAGUAAAUCCCUACACCAAGGACUAUUUUCCAAGAUGAAGCUAUUUAUACUUGUAAAACAGCAUAUUGGACAAUUACAGUAUAUGGGACUGAAAUACUAAAAUAUAGGGAUUCCCCAACCAUGUUAAACUAUUCUCUAACAUUUAAUUAUUCAAUAGAAUUGUGAUAAAAAGAAUUGAACGUCAGUUAUUUUCAUUGAAAUAUUUAAGGGCCUUUUUUUUUAAUUUGAAUUUAUUUUGCAAUAUGAUAUAUGUCAGUUUUAUUGCAGAGUAUUAGAAAAAUAUCAUGAAAUGUGUGGUAUGAGAAUGAGUCGAAAUAAAAUCAGUCAAAUUUUAUACAUCUUUUUUGUUCACAAUUUGUAUGUAAACUGUUUGGAGUAAAUCAUAGGAUGUUAGUCUAACAUCUUUUCACUCUCUAAUAGUAUAAUAGAAAGAGGGGAUAUGGAAACAAGGCAUUAACUUGAAAAAUGUCAC